CUCGCCGGCCUAACCCUUCUUCACCUCUCGUAAAAUGGCCGGUCCGUUGGCAUGGACGGCGAGUAAAGUCGGAGGCCUUGGUAGUGGUGGCAAUGAGAGCAAGAUGGCCGGAGAAUCCCAGUCGUGUUCACCCCCAGAGGCCGGAGCAGCAAAAUUCAAAGUGAUAAGUCGGCUGGUAUUUAUUAAUCAAGUUCUGUUUGCAGCUCAACAAAUCCUCAGCUAUCAUCUAUUCACUAGCAGUUGUCGGCAAUAUCAGAAAUCCAUCUUCUUUCCAUCACCACCGUUGACCACUGCUCACAAUUCAUUCCACCCUACUAUUUUCUCCUUCCAUCCCAGGCCUCUUGAGACUAGAUCGGUUAGAGAUAAACACAUGGAGAUCAAUCACUUUAGCCAUCACCACCGUUUGGUGCUCCUGGAUCGAGAAACGGAUACUGCUCAAAGCCCAAAACAGUGUUGCUUUGGAUGCGAGGAAGCUGUGGAGGGAUCCACCUACAGCUGUGGCAAGUGCCGUUUUUUUCUCCACAAGAAAUGUGCUGAGCUACCAGGUGAGAUCAAUCACCCCCUCCACCACCAACAUCCUCUUUGCAACUAUUUUGCUCAUGUAAAUUGCGCAAUUGAUGAAGAUCUUUUGGAAGAAGAAGAAGAAGAAGAAGAAGAAGAGUCUAAACUAUCACCAUCAGAUGACUCGACUGGUGAUGUUUCUUGUGCUUUUACGGUAAUCAAACCCGGAGAGAUAAAACAUUUUGCCCACGAACACAACUUAAUAUUCAGUGAUCGUGGGGUUAAAGAUGGCCAAAGUUGUGAAGGCUGCUUGCGUCCCAUCGCUAUUUCAUUUUAUUAUUGUGAGGACUGUGAUUUCUUUAUCCACGAGGGCUGUGCUAAGUUAUUGAAGAAGGUACGCCACUGGGCCAGCAAGCAUUCAAUGGAACUCUUUUUCUAUGUCAUUUUUUACUGUGACUAUUGCUGGUUUAGGAAUAGUGGGUUUGGCUACAAAUGUGAUGAAUCUGGCAUGAUAAUGUGCAUUCGGUGUCAUGAAAUUCCUGACACUUGUACUGUUGAAAGACAUGAGCACCCCCUUUUCUUUGACCACAAAUACGAGGGGACUUGUUGUGGUUGUGGUUUUAAAUUUAUGCGUGGUUUUAGAUGCAAGGACAAGAAAUGCAAAUUUGCCAUAGAUUACAGGUGCCUUGUGCUGCCCAAGACAGCUCGGUAUAAAUAUGAUAAUAACCAUCCUCUCGCGCUUACUUUCCGUGGUAAUCAUCAUCGGAGCCAAUGUUAUUGUGACAUAUGUGAAGAAGACAGAGACCCGAAUCAUUGGUUUUAUCAUUGUGCUGAUUGUGAUGUUUCUGCUCAUCCAUAUUGUGUGCUUUGGGCCUCUCCAUAUGUCAAGCUCGGUAAACCAUUCAGGUAUGCUGGUCAUCAUCAACAUCCUGUCAGUUUUGUGAAGAUAGACUUCAAUCCUCCUAAAUGCAACAGCUGUAAUAAGCCUUGUAGAGAUGAGCUGGCCAUUCAAUGCACAGAGUCAGAUUGCAACUACAUAGGCCACCGGUAUUGUUUAUUCUAUCGGAAUAUUCUACAUACAGAUCUCUAAGGAGGUGAGACUGGUAUUGUUGUCAUGAUAUUAAUGAGAUAUCUCAUUUGCAGUUCUUACUUUUAAAGUAAUUUUCAGUAUGUUGUUUCUAUUUGGGGAUGUGUUUGGACUAGUGUCUAGUACAUAUAUUUGUUGCAAGCAAAUAUUGGAUAUGACUAUUUGUUGAAGUUUAAAUGUAACCAUUUAGUUGUUUGGAUGUUUGUGUGUUUUGAACACCAAAAAAUGGUUGUUUCCUUG